AUGGAUAAAAAAGUGUUGUUGAAGACAAAGAGAAUCCUAGAAGAUACUAUCAAAGACUUACUCUGCAACUUUUUUCCAAAUCGUGUUAAAGUGGCAGACUUGGGCUGUUCAUCAGGGCACAACACCUUCUUAACAGUCUCUGAAAUCGAUGGCGUUAUUCAUGAGAUAUGCCAACAAGCACAAUUGAAAUUACCUGAGUUUCAAGCGUUUCUAAAUGAUCUUCCAAAAAAUGGCUUCCAUGUCAUUUUCAGGUCAAUCUCUGUUUUUGUUUUAAAGAGAAUUAAAUGGGCCCAUGAUUUGGAUUUUGACGACGACGUUAGCGACAAUGAUCUUGUGUUGGACAAGUAUGAAACGGGGCAAAAGCUUGCAAAUUGUGUAAGAGCUAUUUCAGAACAGUUGCUUGCCAGUCAUUUUGGAGAUGCUAUAAUUGAUAGGUUAUUCGCAAGGUUAGCAACACAUGCUUCCAACGAUUUCAAUUUGGUUACUAUUGUCGUUUCAAUGACAAAGAAGUAG